ACCAGCAGCAUCGAGGACUUCGCGACAACACCACACCACCCGUCUUCGACCGCCCAACACCUCGCCCUCAACCGCGAAGAUGGCCACUCCAAAGAACCUCCCAUCGGUGUUCAACGCCACUGCCCAGGACAUUGAGAUGCUCCUGUCGGCUCAGGCUCACAUUGGCAGCAAGAACUUGCAGGUGCACAUGGAGCCAUACCUCUGGAAGACUCGCCCAGACGGUGUCAAUGUCAUCAACAUUGGCAAGACCUGGGAGAAGAUUGUCCUCGCUGCCCGCAUCAUCGCCGCUAUCGACAACCCAGCUGACAUUGCUGUCAUCUCUGCUCGUCCAUACGGUCAGCGUGCUGUCCUGAAGUUCGCCGCCCACACCGGUGCCUCCGCCAUUGCCGGUCGCUUCACCCCCGGUAACUUCACCAACUACAUCACUCGCUCGUUCAAGGAGCCACGCCUCAUCAUCGUCACCGACCCACGCACCGAUGCCCAGGCCAUCAAGGAGGCCUCGUACGUCAACAUCCCAGUCAUCGCCCUUUGCGACACCGACUCCCCAACCGAGUACGUCGAUGUUGCCAUCCCAACGAACAACAAGGGUCGUCAUGCCAUUGGUCUGAUCUGGUGGAUGCUCGCCCGUGAGGUCCUCCGUCUCCGUGGUACUCUUGCCAGCCGUGAGACCGAGUGGGACGUCAUGACCGAUCUGUACUUCUACCGUGACCCAGAGGCGGAGGAGAACAAGGACUCUGCUGGCCAGGACGAGGCCAAGGUGCCAGGUGCCGACGAGGUUGGCCCAGGCGCCGUCGAGAGCGGAUUCAACAACGAGUGGGAGGUUGGCAAUGCUGGCAGCUCCGCUUUCGCUGCUGCUUCGGGUACUGCUGGUGCUCAGGCCGCAUCCACUUGGGAUGCUGAGGGUGCUGACUGGGCUGCUGCCAGCGCUCCAGUCGAGACCGGCAACCAGGGCUGGGCUGCUGACGGCAACACCGGCGCUGCGACUGCUCCAGACAACCAGUGGUAGAUGUGUUAGACCUUUGGUACGUUGAAAAAAGCGAUUCGCCCUCACAGGCUAGGAGAAAGUACUGGCGCUCAUGAGGGAAAGAAGCCUGUCAUCAUGUGAAGUGAUGAAAGGAGAAUGCCCUGUGCUAGGAAGCCCGAUCGGUUCAACGAAAGUUGCCGGGUCUGUAGAGUCAUUACAAGAUAUCUUCAGGCGCGUUCUCUCUCCG